GAUAAAAAUUAUCUAUAACCUCCCCCCCUAUGGGUGCGAUAUUAGAUUACAAAUAGAAUAUCAUUACAUUACGUUGGUUUCCGCAAAACAGAAAAGGGAACAUAACCUAGAAAUACAUCAAAGCUGGGAACAAUGACUCUGGACAACGGAGUGUUUUCCCUGGACAUAAGGCCUGUGGAAGACUUGAACGACCCCCAAUACGAUGGAAUCAUCUUGGUGGUAGCCCCCGAUCAAGUAGACAGUGUAGAAGAAUUUUCCGGGGUUGUGAAAGAAGCCCUUGCCCUAGACGCAACCCUGAAGACCGAGGUAGGGGUUCUUGCCAUUCCGCAAUUCAAUGCAAAAAGACUGAUUUAUGCACCUACCGGAGCCAUUGAUGUGGAUUACGACGAUGUCAGAUGCUUCAGAAGAGCUGGGCUGAAUGCCAUCAAGCGUGCAUGCAAAGCAGGAGUCAAGAACCCACUGGUUUACAUUUUGGGACACCCGGACUACAAGAAUGCGGCACUGGUCACUCUUCUGGGCGUUUUGGAGGGGCUUUACGUGCCGAUCCAAAUACGAGAAUUCAAUCCAUCUAAAUUGCAUAGCAUCCAGAAGGUCGGCGUGUACGGUAAACAGUCUAUCGAGAAGGAAAACCUCAUCAAUUUAGCUAAAACCUUGGAGUACGGGCGAAGGGUUGCUUGUGACAUAGGGGAUGGAGAUCCAGAAAGAAUGGCACCCCCAAAGGUCGAAGAAUACAUCACCAAGCUAUUCUCGGGCACCGACGUUUCAGUUUCUGUGGUCAAGGAUGAGGAUAAGUUACGCAAGGAGUAUCCCCUUUUCGAGGCUGUCAACAGAGCUGCUAGCAACAUAAAAAGACACCAGGGGAGGAUCAUCUUCUUAGAGUACAAACCAAAGGGUGAAAUCACCAAAACGGUGUUCUUGGUAGGUAAAGGGGUAACGUACGAUACAGGUGGCGCUGAUGUUAAGGCUGGUGGUGUCAUGGCUGGUAUGUCAAGGGAUAAGUGCGGUGCUGCUGCAGUUGCUGGUUUCUUCCAAGUGCUCAGCCUGCUCAAACCGAAGAGUAUAAGGGUCGUAGGAGGGCUCAGCAUGGUCAGAAAUAGCAUAGGCUCAAAUGGGUACGUUUCUGACGAACUGAUCACUGCCAGAUCGGGCAAACUUGUAAGGGUUGGAAACACAGAUGCUGAAGGAAGAAUGGUGAUGGCAGAUGUACUGUGCAAGUUCAAAGAGAUGGCAUUGGAGGCGGUUGAUCCUCAUCUGUAUACCGUUGCAACCUUGACAGGUCACGCCUGUUUGACAGUUGGAGUAGGUUACAGCAUAGUUAUGGACAACGGACCAGCAAGAAAAGCCAAGCACGCGGAGUGCCUGACAUCCAAAGGGGAAGAGAUCAGCGAACCCUUCGAAAUUUCCACCAUACGUAAGGAGGACCUGGAGUUCCACAAGGGUCAAGCUGUCGGAGAUGACAUUCUGCAGUGCAACAAUUUACCUUCCUCGAGAACUGCCAGGGGACACCAAGGACCUGGCGCUUUCCUGAUCCUGGCUGCUGGAUUGUCGGGACACGGUUCGGGAGAUGCGGUUCCACUGAAGUACAGUCAUCUGGAUAUUGCAGCAUCAGCGGGAGAUUUUCCAAAUCCGGCCACAGGAGCGCCGGUCCUUGCUUUGGCAAAUAAAUAUUUACUUUGAGAAAGGCCUAGCUACUUAAUUAUUUUUUAGGAGACUUAUGGAUAUUAGUUAUCAACUAUUUUUAUAUGAUUAUUGUGUACACUUCAUUAUUCAUUAUUUCGAGAAUAUACUUACGAGAAGAG